UUGUGCAACUACAUGAUAAUAUAGGGAACAAAAUGGUACAACCCCUUACCUGGUACCCACAACCACUACCUGAGUGUCGAUCCACCGUUUCUCCUUUCCUUUUCUAUUCACUCUCACAGCAUACAACCCCCGAUUGUGAAUGAGUCAGUGAUGACUGCCGAGAAACACCACCGACGGACACCAACCUUCAAGUCGCCUCAAUCUCCUAGUCCCUGCGACAACCCAAAAAUCUGAAGAGCUCCAAUAUCCCAGGCUACUUGCGCGUGACUCUACUUUCAGCCUGUCUAUCUCCGACAUUCUUUGACUCCGACGAGGUCCGAAAUCCGAUCCGAGGCUCUGGUCUCCUCCCUCCGUCCAUUUAUCUUGAAUAUCGUCACUUCUUCACUUUGCCGAAUCCGAAGAUCUCAAUCGUCCACCCUGGUCCCUUUUCCUCUAUCUCCCUCACUUCUGAACUUGUAUCUAUCUCGACGUUCUCCAGACUCCGCUACUCUCUCCAUCUCGCCGUCAUCCUCACUCAGGCUGUGGCUGUGGCUGUGGCACCCUCUUUCUUCGAAGUUUUCUUGCUCGGCUUUGGUAUGCAUGGCAUUGUCUCCGGUGGUGGCGUGUUCUAAAUUAGACAGGGUUAUUGCUGUUGAGUGUAAAUGGCGGGUUCAAGUUUAGGGUCGAAGUCUCUUAAGGAGUAUCUAAAAAAAUAUGAGAGCAAUAAUGAAGAUGAAAAUAAAAAGAAGAAGAAGAAAAAGAAACAACAGAAAGCUAAGCCGGAUGCCUCAGGCGUUUUAGUUGUUGAUGAAGAUCCGGUUUGGCAAAAACCAGUACAGCUUGAAGUAGAUCAAAAUGAUUCUGCUGAGGAAGAGAAGCCCCAAAUUGAUGAAGAUAUUGAGGUUAGAAGAAUGAGGAGGCUUGAGCAUUUAAGAGCCAUUCGUGCUUCUAAUCCGAUAUCGGAGGAUGGAAGUGGUUGGGUUACUCUCUCUCCAAAACAUGCGAAUUUGAAUUCUGAUUUGUCUCCACCUCGUAAGCAUACAGCUAGAAAUGACACGCCUUCGCCUGAACUGAAGCCUUCCGAAGUAGAUAAUGACUUUUCACCACCGCGGCAACGGCGAUCAUGCCACCAUACCCCGUCACCAGAACCCGAUAACCAAAACUCUGACUUGUCUCCACCUCGUAAUGGUAGAGCAAGAAAUGACACACCUUCCCCUGAACGUGAUAGAAAGCCUGUCAAGGAAAUUGUGGAUUUGUCACCCCCUCGGCAGUGGAGAAGGCGCCAUCACACACAGUCACCUGAACCUGACAAGGGUCACGUGGCUUUAGACCUUUCACCCCCAAGGAAAAGUAGGAAUGAUGAUCUUUCUCCACCAAGAAAAAAUACGAGGCAAGUGUCUGCUCUAGAUAUGAAAGAGGAACGGAAAACUGGUUUAAUUACUGGUCGAGACAUGAGAGAUGAAAUUGCUAGAACUAAGAAGCAGGAUCUUAUGAGGUUUCAAGACAUGGACCCUUCUAUAAGUGGUCGAGGUGCUGAGCCUAUAUAUCGUGAUAAGAUAAAAGGGGUACGUAUAACGAAAGAGGAAUUCUUGAAAUCAAAACAAAAAGUAGAAGAAAAACCAAAGGAGAUAAAGUUGGAAUGGGGCAAGGGGUUGGCUCAAAAGCGGGAGGCUGAGGCUAAGCUUCAAGAAUUAGAACUUGAGAAGGAUAAACCAUUUGCACGGACCAGAGACGAUCCAGAAAUUGACAAAUUGAUGAAAGAAAGAAUAAGAUGGGGUGAUCCAAUGGCACAUUUGGUGAAGAAAAAGCAAUUUGAACCUGCUCUCUCCAACUUUGGGGAUAGUGAAAAGAUGAAAGAAUCAGGAUUUAUUAUCCCUCAGGAUAUCCCUAAUCAUAGCUGGUUGAAAAGAGGAUUAGAUGCUGCGCCAAAUAGAUAUGGUAUAAGACCAGGAAGACAUUGGGAUGGUGUGGAUCGUAGUACCGGAUAUGAGAAAGAACUAUUUAAAAGGAAGAAUGAGAAACAAGCUACUGAAAGGGAAGCUUAUCUUUGGUCCGUAGCUGAUAUGUGAUUGAAUCAGGCCUCCAUUGUCAAUCUGUAUUCUUAGGAGAUUUGUGGAUGCCUUUCGUUAGCGAACUGCUGACAUUUCUAGCAACUAAAUUAGAUUCAUGGUCACAAGUGUUGUUUCUUCUAGCUGUUUUCUAUUGGUUGGAACUAAAUUGAGAGGCAAAAAAUACAGAGAGAACUAUCCAUCCUUUGGGAUGCAGUUUGUGCUAGUAUAUCGAAGUAAUAUUGUAUGCCAUUUGGUAUUAGUUUCAAAACCGAAACAUCUCGAGCUGUGAAGUUUUAAACUAUGUAUAACUUAUACCAUAAUUUCCCUUGCAAAAAAAUGUGAAAGACUUGUACCAUAAUUUUAUUGUAAACCGAUCACUUAAUGUUAUUGUACCAAAUUUUAUACUCAAA